ACGCCACCUGCAGCUCAAUUCAAUCGCCAUUUUAUCGGCCAAAAAAUCGAAAUGUAGAAGAUUUGAGAUUAAAAUAGGCAGCUUGUGGCUUUUAUGACGACUCAAAUAGUUUUUUUUAAAAAAUAGGUUCUAAUACGCAUCAAAAAAUAUUUAACCAGUGUUCGUUCGUAAAAGCUAGAAAUCUAUCAUUGACUGAAACUGAACUGAUCAAACUCAAAAGUUUUAAACAUUUGAUGCGCAUCACCAACAAUUACGUGGGAAGCAAUUGCUCAUUGCUUGGCGGGUUCGUAAUUUUCAAGUUCUUUUGUUUACUUAACUGUUAACAUUGUAGAUAUUGUGUCUUUUUUUUUAAAAGUUCGGAGAAGUUUAUUUAUCUCUUUGAUUAUUCUAAUUUCUGUAAUAACUUCAUUGAAAUUACAUUUGUUGUUUCAUUAUAAGUAUUCAGUAUGAAUUCCCAAACUCGUAAACGUGUGACUGGUGCGUCGCUCUCUCAAUACUUGGGACAAUAUGUUACAGUGUUUGGAGAAUUUAUGCAGUUGGAAUCAAGUGGAAGAACAUUUACCAUGAAAACUGCCAGCAAUGAUAUUGUUACUGUUCAACUACAAGAACCCGUAAGUCAACUCUAAAACUGAACUUUUCUUCUUAACAUUGUUAUUUAUUUGCUUGUGUGAUAUAAAUAUGAGAAUCGUUCAGAUACGCCCAGAACUUUUUUUGUAUAAAUUAGACGUUGAAGAAUAUAAAUUUUUUCGUAAAAAUCGUAAUGCAUUGAAAAAGAUGUGGACGGCACAAGGACCGACAUAUUGGCUUCGUUUCUUAUUAACAUAUCAACUGAGUUUUGAAGAUUAUGCAUCCAAUCAUGCUGAACUCAGUGCGUUUGUGAUAUCCCACUACGAAAGACACGUACCAGACUUCGUUUAUAUAAGAAUUCAUAAGCAAAUUGUAGAAUCUACAUUCGAGAGAGUCGAAUCUUUUAUAGAAAAUGUUUUUCGAAUUGUACAGAAUUUUCACAAAGCUUCCCUAUACACUACCGAAAAUCCUAUUUAUUCUGAAGAAAGUUUAGAACAUUUAAGCUCUGCUAUGGAACAGAAUGAUAGUGGAAAAGUGACUUAUUCUGGUAUAGUUUCUUUAUUAUGUAUCAUGUAUUGCGGAUUCGUUGAUGGCUUUCUUAAACUUUUAAGAAAAUGGUUAAAAGAAUCUGAUGUAAGCAAAGAAGAUGAAAAUAAUAUUGAUCUUACUAUAUAUUACUGGAGACCCCAAAAGAGUUGGGAAUGCAAAAAAUUUAUGCCAACAUGUUUUGAGAAGUAUUUAGCUACCCACUGGGGAGAAUCUCUUCCAAAACUUUUGCUAACGUGCGAUAUUUAUAAUAUUUUUAAUAAUCAUGCCGAAGACGAGGAAUGUUCUUGCCAAUUUAAGGAUGAAGAGAGUAUAUUUGGCUUGCUAAAAGAUAAGUAUAAGGUUGGCAAGCCACAAGCUUUGAGCGUUGUUCAUAUUUACAAACCAGAAACAGCUUUAUGUCCAGAACACAAUAAUUGUUAUGUAAAACUUCUGCAUGGCAAAGAAUGCCUGGAACCUUACAUAUGUCUUGGUAUGAAUUCGACUUGUAGCAGAACUUGUGAAACGGUUCUUAAAAGUAAGCAUAAAGAAGAAGUAAAGGAUUUCUGGAAAAAAUCUAUUGUUGAAGUCUUUAAUUGUAAAAAGCGGAGCCAGCGUAGUGUUUCGACUUUCGUUGAGUCUUGUGACUCACAAAUAGAGACAUUCUGUCCUUUGAGUGGAAGUAGGAGAAAGCAAGUGAGUCUUGAUUUGGAGGAAUUAUUUUACUGCAAUUAUGAUCCGAACUUUAGAAACUCAUAUACUCAGCAUAAGCGCAAAGAAGAAUACCGGCAAAAGUUGAGGAAAAAGCUACUGGAGAGGUAUGAAUAUGACAGCCAAGACCCUGCCCAAUUAAAGGAUAUGUAUGACGAAGCGCAAAGGCUGUGGUUAAAUGAAAUAUGCUUCGAAAAUUACAGUAAGCUUUUUGCUCUUCAGCAUAAUCAACCUUGUGAUUUUGACGAGCAGCUAUUUAAGGUAAAGAAAUCCUUAACAACCGUAGCCAUUGGAACAUCUAGCUUAAUAUUUGGGCGUGUGGUAUUGCCUUCAAGACGUAGAUCUUCUCCUAAGACUAAUCCUACCACUGAAAUAAAAGUUAAUAUCAGCACUCAAAAGACUUCUAAGAGGAAGAAGAAAAAAGCUGUCAUCUCUACCACCACUGAAAUUACUAAAGUUAAAAUUGCAAGCUCUAGACCCCCAGAAACUAAAGAUGAGGCUAAUAAAACUGCUUCUCUUACCGAUUGCAGUACAUUGCUGGAUGAGGUAGAUUGCAACAGUAAUUCCAAUGCAAAAUGCGUUGAAAGUUUAGUGAAUACAUCAUCGGAACAUGCUGAAAGCUUACGUACCACUCCCAAAACUCAAAAUAAAGCUGAGAUUUCUAAUUCUGGUACAGUGCCCGAUGAAUCGGAUACUAAAAGUGAUUCAAAAGCAAAAUGUGUUGAAAGUUCCUCCAAUUCUGAUGUAGUUGAAAACGGUGAGAAAAAAUGUACCAAGAAAAGUGGCACCAAAACUUCGAAAGAUUUGCAGUUAGGCCUAACUGAGUUGUGUAAUCAGGGGGGAAAUGUGGAAGAAUCUAAGCCUAGUGUCAGUGAAGUUUCCAGUGAUGUUGAUGAUGAACUUAACACAUUUUACAGUUUUGUUGUGAAUGGGGAAGAAAAGACGGAUGAUACGAUUUGCAAUGGUACCACAACUGACCUCCCCAAUACUGAAAAUUGUAAUGCUACUGGUGGGAAUAAAGAGAAAAAGAAUAUUCUUUCUGAACGAAAAAGCAAGCUGAAAAUCUGUGCUUAUUGUUCAAAACAAGAGGUUGUGGUUAAAUCAUUCAAAAGAUGUUCCAGAUGUAAAGCAGAAAACUUUCCAGAUCAGUAUUUUUAUUGUUCCAGGGAAUGUCAAGUAGCAGACUGGGAAAAAUCACACAGAGAAUUGCAUCUUAAAGCAAGGACUAAUCAUUAGGGGUUUAUUUCACUCUAAAUGAACCUUUUAAGGUUGGGUGUUGUGACAAUGCAAAAAUAGAAUAGUUUUUAAGGUGUGAAUAAGCACAAGGUAUCUGCAUACCUGGAAAGUCAUGGUUUUCGACCUUAAUGGAAAGUCAUGAUUUUGAGUGAUAAAUACUAAAAAAUCAUAAAAUCUCCCAAUUCAUAAUGGAUUUUGAGUAUUGGAGCCUUUAAUUCUGUCAGGCAAAUCGAAAAUCCCACAUUGUAAUUUGUUCUCACAUAUUUUAAAAAUCGUACAUCUCGAUCCUUAUAGGUGUAUUUUAAAAAUAACAUAUUUCUGACCAGUGUUUGGGGGAAUUAAAAUUUUUUGAUGUAAAGUAAUUUGAUACUACAUGGAAAGAUGAUGAGGCUUUUGUUUGUUUGAAAUUAAAUUAACAUAAUCCCUAGAAUUGACCUUUUGAAAAUAGCGUAUUUGAGUUUUGUCAAAUAAAAAGAUUUUAGCAUUAAAAAUGUUCUUUAAAGGCAUUAUUAAAUAUUUUUAAAUCCAUGUUCUAAUUUAUUUGUUUAUCACUGUUGUUUAAUUUAUUUGUUUUUCAGUUUAUUUAAUAUUUAAAUAAUCUUUUUUUUUUUCAGUUUAUUUAAUAUUUCAGUUAUUUUUUAUUGCUUUUGUUUAAACUGGCUUAUUAAAAAGUACAAAGCAUUGCUCAUAUAAACUGUUGUUUUUGAGAAAGAAAGUUACACUCGUUUAAACCUUUUUUUACUUUUCUUCUUUUGACUAAAUUUAGUAAUGUAUUACCCUGUGUAAAAUCUCUUUAAUAACUUUUUUUAAUUGUGAGGAUUUUUAUUUGCUUAUAAGUUUCCAAGAUGUAGUUAAGUAAACAAAAGAGAAUUUAACGUUAAGGGGUUCAAACGUUACUGGCUGGUAAUGUGACUGGUGUUAGUAAAUUUUGAUAUGCUUACCUCUUGUAACGAAAAUUACUGAACACUUUUCUGCGGACCAAAAACUCAACAAUAGCUGUCUGAUCAUAUAAAUAUAAGUUUGGAGAAUUGUAGAAUUAUUUGUUCAGUUAUAGGAGACCAUGAAAGAUAAAGAUUUUGGUGCAGUCUUUCCACUCAGGCGCAGUAGCGCAUAUUAAAUUUAAAGUAAGCAAGUUAAUUACUAAAAUUUCAUUCUUUUUUUUUAUUAAAAUAUGAAAUAGUAUGCACUUUUACAAUUUACAGCUAUUAAAAUUUCAAACAUUUAUAAUGAAGUUAAAAUCUUCAUCCUCAUGUCCACUUUUUUUGUGAAUUGAGCGUUGAAUGCAUUGAUUUUUUUCCCAUGGGACACAGAUUGAUUUUUUAUUAGUAAACAGACUGCUGGAGCUCAUUUCUAACUCAAUUUAUGAACCAAUUAGUAGAUCAGACUGGCAUAGUAACAUAAAGUAUCUGCGCACACAAUCCAAGAGUAUCUGCAAGCUCGUAAUAUUUUUGAUAAGAGAAUCAUUUUAUUAAGUAUACGUAAACAAUUAACUAUUUAAUAUUUUCAUUAUUCUUGGCAAAAAUAUAUAUAUAUACAUGCACAUUAACAUUAAGAGCAGUAGAGGAACAAUAAUAGUUAUACAUAGAACUACGUUCAUAUAAAGUAAUUGUCAUAUUAAGUAAUAUUAGUAAAUUUACUCCAAACGAAAUUACAUUAAAAGAUUUCCUACUCUCACCGCAAUAAUCUAUUUUCGUUGUAAAACAAUUGUCGAGUUAAGUUGUAAAAAAAUCAACGAAUUGUAGGCUCGCCCGCUAACGAUGGGAUUACUAAUCUUUGGGCUAAAGUGACAAUUGUCUUUUUUCUUUGGAAGCAGCAUACACGAAACACUGACUUUCUUAACUUUGCAUAAAUCAUAGUUAUGCUGUCUGCUUCAUGUUUUUAUUUUCUUAUUUUUUGUUUACUUUUUUUUGCAGACGCGAUUACUUUUUUUUAUAUUACCACAAAUAUUAAAAAAGUAUGUGUAAAAUUGGAGAAUCAUCACCGAUGUAUCCGCUCACAGUGUGCACGUGUGCGUCUAUAUUAUCUAACUAUGCAGACUGGUCUAAAGAAAUAUUUUACUCAUACAGUGGAGCUUUUAAGCAGGGUGGGCAUUUUGUGUGAAAAAAAGCUAUUUCUUCUAUGAUACAAAUGGAAGAAACUAAGAAUGACUAAUUGUUUAGCAUUGAUAAUUAUUAAAAUAGCUUAAAUUUAAACAAGUUAAAUUUAAGAUAUCACCAAAAAGUUAAAAAAUCUUCAUUCUCUUUUUUUAAUUUUAUAUUAUACAUUAUUAUUUAAUUUUACAUACAUUAUUUAAUUUUAUACAUCAAGAAAUUUUAGUGGUUAGUCUUGAGGACCAGUAACUAAAAGAUGUCACUAGAUUGUACACAUUUUCAUCUGUCCAUUUAUUUUUCGAUUAGAUUUUUCGAAAAAAUAUUUUUUUAAGUGAAAGAUAACUCUGAGAAUGUGUAACACUGACAAUUGAAUGAAAGAUGCUGUUUUGCAACAAAAAAAUAGACGAAAUCAACUGACCAUUCCUUUUCAUCAAUUGUUUGUCCAGGAUACCACUAAUAAUUACUUUAUAGUAGUUUAAGCCAGAGUUAUGUAAUAUUGGACAAACAGACCACUGUUAAUUUGGAGCACUGUUGUAGUUUUAGAUAGAAUUUUAAGAUCUAUAUAUCAUAUUGUCUAAGAGUUAAUUAAGGUAUCUCAGUGUUUGAUUUUGAAAAUUUAUGCUAUUUGUAAUUGUGAAUUUAAUAUGUUAUAUACAUGUAGUACUGCAUAUGUUCGGAAGUGUAUGUAUGUUUAGUAUGCGAUUUGUUAAUGAAUGAAAGAUAUUGAUUAUAUUGAUGAAAUUUAAUCUUGACAUUAAAAGUUCUUGCAACUCUAAAAUUAGGUUUUACUGUUCCUUUACGUAACAUAUACAGGGCUGGUUGUGCUCCGGAAAAAAUCCGGUUUUCCGGAAUUUUCGCUAACAGUAAUCUGGAAGUUUCCGGAAAUCGAAGGUCCAGAUGCUUCAAAAAAUCAUUGAUCACAGAAGUUUCCGGAAAUCAAAUUUUCAAAGGUGGAACUUAGAAACAAAGUUUAUUUUAUUUGUUAGCCAGAGAGAUACUUUAAAGCUUAUAUUCAUGAUUAAUAUAAAUUUUUUAUCAGUAAAUAGUUAUAAUCAUAAACUGAAGAAAGAAAGACAUAUUUGUAAAUUUUAAUUACUUCUCCAGGUCAUCAUAGGUAUGUUUAAAUGGUAUAGGUAUGUGUAAAAUUUUAAAUAUAGUUAAAGUAAACUAAGAAAUAUUGAGAAAAAGGAAAAAAACCUUGUUUAAAUUUUUUUCUAAUUUUUCAAUUUGAACUGGUUUUUUUUUUUUUUUUUUCUUAACUCAAGAAAUUUUCCGGAAUUUUAACUUGGGCUCACAAUCACCCCUACAUAUAUAAAUUUUACACAAGUUUAGUUUAAUUUUUCAAGAAAUUCAUUAAAUUCCUUUUUCUAGUUUUCACUUGUGAUGUAAUUACUACCUUGGAAAUUAAUAAUACUGAUUGUUUAAAUUAGAUUUCAAUUAUAGUUCAUAAUACAUUUAAAAUAUUGUUUUAAUAUUUAACAUUUCUUUUUGAAAAACCGUUUCUUUGUUCUUGGGUCGGAAGAAACCUAUUUCGUCUAAGUUUUUUCCUCCUUGAAAAAAUCUUACUAUCUGCGACUAGAACAUAAAACAUUUCUCAACAAGCUACAUGCAGAUUUUACCACUUUCUUUAUGGAUUAAUUAUUAUAUUUAAUUUUUCAUUGGCCCCCUAAAAGUUAUUAUAUUUGAUACUUCACUGAGAAAUGCAUGUGUACAAAGUAACAGAACAAAGAAUCAGAAAUUAAUUUAUUUUUCAAUUUGCUUCUGCAUGGUGAUUUAUACUAUCAAAGGAACUUAUAUUCCGGACUAGUUUUUUAAACUUUUGAGAACUACAACUAUGAAACUAACUUUGUAAAUGAAAUUGUGUAAUGUUGUGGUAGUUAUUGUAAUUUAAUUACCAUGUUGUUGCACAUAAAUUAAAUUUGUUUUGAAAUAUUGUUUAAUUUUGUAAGCAAAAGCUUGUAUUCUAAGUAAUUUAUUUUAAAACAGGUUGUGUUAAAGUAAAUGGCCUUGUUAACGACAAAAACUAUAUUGUGGAAUUGUAAGAUUUUGUUGUUCAUGUUAUUUACAAAAUACUAUUUUCCAGUACAUCUCAAAAAGAUCAGCUUAUAUUAAAAAAAUAAAUACUAGAUCUAUUUUUCUUCCUAGCACUGUUUCAUUCUGGAUAAAUUCUAUAAUUUUUCAUUGUUAGUUUUUUUAUAUUUUUUUUAUAAGCUGAUAAGUUUAAUGAUUAACUGUAUAUUUCCAAUUUUUUCUGUGCAGCUGGUUCAUGUAUGCAUUAUCUAGCUUUGUAUAUAUGCUAAUACAAAUUUCAAUGAUAAACCAAAUGUAACCCAGUGUCAGGAAUAUAUUCUUUGUUCUAUAAAGCACACUAAAAUAUAAUUCUCAC